UAAAAAGAUAUAUAACGAAUAAAUAUAUAUAUAUAUAUGUAUAUAUGACGAAAUAAUGGAAAAUAAUUAAAAUAACCCUAAGAUUUCUUGGCAAAUCGAGUAUAGUGACCCCCAAAGAAAAAACGUGACUUCUGACCAAUUCUGAAAAGGGAACCAGCAUCUCUCGUUAAUCGUAUUAGUAAAGAGACAACACACGGAAUUUCAGUGGCGGCAUGUUCGCGGCGCGUGCUUGCUUUCGCUGAUAUCAAAUACCACUAUCCGUCUACGUCCAAUCCGCAUUGGCUGUGACUGAUGGAGGGCAAAGUUCACAUGACUGUCGAGUCAACUACAUCACUGGGUCCAUCGUAAAGAUUCACCUCCAGUCUCGGUGUGAACGCUUUACCCGGAACAUUCGCGAAAGUUGUUGUGCGUGCAGUUUUGUUUCUUCGAAAAGCUCAUUCUUUCGUCUUAAAACAUUACGUCGAUAAAUAAAAGAAAAUCAUAAAAGUAAAGAAACGAAGGACAAACGAACGAAGCAAAAAAAAAGAAAUUCAAAAAGAAAAUUUUAUUUAAUUUAAAAAAAAAAAAAUUUAAUCCAACGAGUAUUCUCUCGAUUGAUAUCGUAAUACGUCGUUAUCAAAUCCAACGUCAAUAUCCGUUUAUAAUUCAUUUUCUACGAUCGCAGAAUAUCGUUUUAAGAUCUUUUUAUAUGAAAGAAUAUAUAAAUUAAUUAUCGAUAUGUUCAAGUAAUUUAUUGAUCUAGAUCGAUGUAUAAUCGAGAUCAUAUCGAAAUCAAUAAAAGAAGGUGUUUUUCGACGAUGCCAGGUCAUUAUCCUUCUUGAUCUUUGAAUUCAUGAGAAGAGAGAGAGAGAGAGAGAGAGAGAGAGAGAGAGAGAGAGAGAGAGAGAGAGAGAAACAUAGGUGUAUGUAUGUGUGAUCAAAAUCAGUUGAUCCAACUGACGUUUAACCAUUCAGAGAAGAUCUAACAGAAAGAGUGACAGACAGAGAGAAAAAGAGAGAAAGAAAUAGAGAUAGAGAAAGAGAUAAAAAGAGAGAAAGGAGAAAGAGAUAAUAGAAAGAAGAAAAACAAACAAAGGAAAAGAUGCAGUUGGUCAUUAUGUUUACACUUCCCAUAAUCAUUCUACUUUAUAUUCCUAAGUUCUCAGCCGAUACUACCUGGCCAAAGGUCAUCGAUCCCUUAAUGACAGUACGAAGAUCUUAUCAUUCGCAAUUCCCAACAUCAACUACCAGUACGGUGGAUGAGAAUGAAUGUGUCGAAUGUAAUCAAAACAAGGUCGUUGUCAACGAUCAAAAUCCUAUAUUAACUGAAUUGAGGGUUGAGUACGUUAAGCAACAGAUCCUAAAGAAAUUGAGGCUCUCAAAGCCUCCGAAUGUGUCGAUAUCGCUGUCGACCUUGCCGAAGCCUUUGAUAAACGGCAACGUGCUCGAACUUCGACCCGGCGCGCCACUUGAACCGGAAAAAUCGGCUGAGAGUUUCUAUGGUAAAACCGAUCAAAUCGUCGUUUUUCCGUACGAAGGGAUAGGAGAUUCGAAGAAAUGCCGACAAAGUUCGAAUCACUUGACGGGUUUCAAUCCAGCAGCUUGCUUUACGUUUUAUUUGCCAAAUGAAAUGCAAUUCGUCGAUGUAACUUCGGCACAACUUUGGUUUUAUAAGGAAUAUGACGAGAACGACGAUCUCAAUCAAACUUUUGUAUUAUCGGAAUUGGAUCAUUGGGACAAAGGCGAAAGUUUCGAAAAGAACACAAUGAUGGCAAUUUUAGAUACCGAUAUAGGAGAGGGUUGGGUAAAGACGGACGUGGGUUUUACGGUGAGAAAGUGGGUGGAAAGGCAUCAGCUGAACCACGCGAUGCAAAUAGCCUGCAGCACCUGCUCGAUCGACCGUGACACAGCACCGGUCUCCAUCGAGCAAACACUGAAGCCCUUCUUGGUAAUACAUACGUCACCGUUGCCACAAAAAAAUCGGCCAAAAAGAAACUCCAAUUGCUCACCGGAAAUGAAGGAAUGUUGUAGAGACGAACUCUACAUUAACUUUGCAGACAUUGGCUGGAGCGAUUGGAUACUCCAUCCUAGAGGUUAUCAUGCAUACUUUUGCAGAGGAUCAUGUUCAAGCGCGGCAACCUUGACGAUCAGUGCAACAUCUCACACCAACGUUAUCAUGAAAUGGAAGACAAAACAUCGUGGAAACGAGAUCGUCCCGUGUUGUUCGCCAACUCAACUAUCAGCUAUACAACUUCUAUAUAUCCACACUAACAACACGAUACAGCAGAAAACCUUACCGAAUAUGGUGGUCGAGGCUUGUGGUUGUAUGUGACCAUCACUAUUUCAACAAAAUGAAAGCAAAGAAAUGUAAUAGAAGAAUAUGAAGAAAUAAAAGAAAAAUAGGAAGAAGAAGAAGAAGAAGAAGAAGAAAAUCGGAUGGCUGACACCAUUCAAUACUUAAACUUUUCUUCGUUGUCUUCGAACACAUACAUAUAUAUACACAUACAUACAUACAUACAUACAUACAUCGGUGAAUUUGGUACUCAGGCGUUCUCCAAUUUUCCUUCAGAUCCGUUCUGAAACGAAUACUCUUCAAACAGAAAACAUAAAAACGAACGAUAGAGAGAUAUAUAUAUUGUGUGUCUCAGAAUAAGUGUGAAAUAUUUUUAAGGGGUUUCGAUUAAAAGGACAAAAAAAAACAAGAAACAAAGAAAAACGAUUAAAAA